AUGGCAGCGACCUCCUUCUCCUACGCCGUCGCGGUCGCUCUACUCUGCCUGCUCGCCGCCAAUGGCUGCUGCGGCUGCCCUGGACCCGCUCCUGCCCCCACACCUGCCCCCGCUACCCCCAGCCCCGUCCCCGUUACACCUCCACCUGCGCCCGCUACCCCCAGCCCAGGCUCCGGUUCGGGCAGCACCAACGACUCCUCCGGCGGUUGGUUGGACGCCAGGGCCACCUGGUACGGCGCCCCCGAUGGCGCCGGGCCAUUGGACAAUGGUGGCGCGUGCGGCUUCAAGAACGUGAACCUGCCGCCGCUCAACGCCAUGACGUCGUGCGGCAACGAGCCGCUCUUCAAGGACGGCAAGGGAUGCGGCUCCUGCUACCAGAUAAGAUGCGUGGGAAAGGCUCACCCGGCGUGCUCCGGCGUCCCCGAGACGGUGAUCAUCACGGACAUGAACUACUACCCCGUGGCCCGCUACCACUUCGACCUUAGCGGCACUGCCUUCGGCGCCAUGGCCAAGGAUGGCCGCAACGACGAGCUCCGCCACGCCGGUAUCAUCGACAUGCAGUUCAAGAGGGUGCCGUGUGAGUACCCGGGGCUGUCGGUGACGUUCCACGUGGAGAAGGGGUCGAACCCGAACUACCUAGCGAUCCUGGUGGAGUACGGGAAUGGCGACGGCGACGUGGCGCAGGUCGACCUCAUGGACGACGGCGAGCCGACCGGGCCCUGGGUUCCGAUGAGGCAUUCGUGGGGCUCCAUCUGGCGCCUGGACACGCGCCGCUCGCUGCGGGGGCCCUUCUCGCUGCGGGUCACCAACGGGUCCGGCAGGUCGCUCGUUGCCGACCAGGUCAUCCCCGCCGACUGGAAGCCCGAAGCCGUCUACAGCUCCGACGUCCAGUUUGAUGGUUGA